AUGGACAGCUCCCAACCCUUCGAAAGCGACAACAUAGCCAAGAUCCGAGACAUCCUCGACCCCAACACCGGCGGCGUCAACUUCCCGCACCUGCACGAGGUCUAUCUCGAUCGCCGGCCAGACCCGUCCCGCCAGUUCUCGCGAUGCCCUCAUAUCUUUGAAGUCUGGUGCGUAGAAGAUGGGGAAACGAUCGAGGCUCCAUCCGACGAUCUUGAUUACCAGGCCAAUGAGGCCCCAGAGCCCAUGCGGGUGAACCACAUGAGCGACAUCCAGAUCACCUUCAACUCUGUCUGCAGGCAACUCUUGGAUCGGUUGGAGGUUUAUGGCUAUCUUGGACAGGGCUCAUACGGAACCGUCUUUGCCGCUCGCAGAAAGCGCUUCGCCACGGGCGAAUUCGAGCACUUCGCCCUCAAGGUAGCGGAGCAUCGGACGCUGAACAAGGCCAUGGAGGGCCAAAUAAGGCCGACGAUGGGCCUCUGGGAAGACGGCCCAUCCAGCAGAGAGUGCUACAUGCCCGAGGAGGCGGUCGUCAUGCUGUUCCUGGGCAAGAGUGACCGGUUCCCCAAGAUCGACUCGGUCUACACGCACAAGGCCUUCUCCACCAUCGUCAUGAGCUCCGCGCUCGAUGGCGACUCCCGCAUGAACGACGAGAUACCCUCGCAGUAUGACACGCGAUACCGCCCUUACUGCGGGCACAGCAUGAUUCGCCAGAAGAAGACCCUCCUCAACGAGGUCCAGGCCUGCAAGAUCGCGUCGCAGCUCCUCGAGGCCAUGGUCUAUCUGCGGGACAUGGGCAUGUGCCAUGACGACCUGAGCCACUACAACUAUCUCAUCAGUGAGAAGCUGGAUGUACAACUGAUCGACGUCGGCCUUGUCCUGAUGGCCCGCACCGACGAGGAAUGGAUGGUCUCGCACUGGAUCACGGUCCCGUACCAGGAAUACCUCGUCAGCCCCGAGCUGGCCAUCGAGAUGUACAAGCAACCCUGGUGUGACCGCUGGCGACGGGGCAAGCAAUGCAUGGUGUACCUGCCGCACGACGCGCGCGUCGAAGACCAGUGGAAGUUCAGCUGCAUCGUCUUCGAGCUGCUGCACGGAUACGCGCCGUGGGAAGAGUCCGACUGGGACAACGACACUGGCGGCAUCCGGCAGUGCCGCAGCUUCCUGCUCAACCGCCACGGCCACUACGACGAAGCCAGGAUCGACCGCGCCAUCGAAAAGGUCUGGCUCCGCCGUAACCGCGUCGUCAACUACGAGUUCCCCAUCGACGAGGCCCUCUCGCAGGACUGCGUCGAUGUCCUCCGCGCCAUGCUGAACCGCAACCCGGCCAGACGGCCCGAUCCCAGGGCCGGCAUGCAGGAGCUGUCCUCGUUUCCUUGGUUCCAGGGCCGCUGGGUUGAUUGUGGGCCGUUCAGGCGGCCGGAGUGGCCGGGGGAUGCCCAGCAGUCCUCCAUUUAG